AUGUGGCCCAGAUUCCAAGCAACAUCAUCAAAACCACCGAUACACCGGCGGCGAUUGCUUGAACGACUAAUGUCGAGUUGUCCGGCUCGAAUUCAAGUUGAAUGA